AUGUUUAAGACAUACAAGGCAGAAGUUGAGAAUCAACUUGAUAGAAAAGUGAAAGUACUUAGAUCAGAUAGAGGUGGAGAAUAUGAGUCCACUGCAUUUUCUGAUUUUUGUGCAACUCAUGGAAUUAUACAUCAAACCACUGCACCAUAUACACCGCAACAAAACGGUGUAGCAGAAAGGAAAAAUAGAACUUUCAAGGAUAUGAUAAAUUCCAUGUUGAAUAGCUCUGGGCUUCCACACAAUCUGUGGGGUGAAGCCUUACUUACUGCAAAUCACAUCUUGAACAGAAUUCCACAUAAGAAGAGUAAACAAUCUCCUUAUGAAAUGUGGAAAGGACGAAUUCCUACAUACAAGACACUGAAAGUGUGGGGUUGCCUAGCUAAAGUACAAGUACCCUUACCAAAAAGGAUUUUAGUUAUUAAAUCUGAUAUUUCUGUUGAUGCUGAUUUCUUUGAGGAAAUUUUUCCUUACAAAGAAAAGAGGUCUGGUUCAAACAAAAGGAAAGUACAUGAUGGAAAUCCUGAUGAACCAUCCUCUUCAGGUGUCCAAGAAAAGGAAGUGGAACCUAGAAGAGGAAAGAGAACUAAAACACCAAAAAGUUUUGGACCAGAUUUUGUAAGUUUCUUGACUGAAGAAGAACCACAAACUUAUAAGGAAGCUAUGGCUUCACCUGAGGCUCCUUUAUGGAAGGAAGCUGUUAAUAGCGAAGUAGAAUCCAUUAUGCAGAACCAUACGUGGGAAUUGGUUGAUUUACCACCUGGUAACAAACCAAUUGGAUAUAAAUGGAUUUUUAAAAGAAAGCUAAAAGCCGAUGGUACUAUUGAUUAA